AUGGACCCACAAGCAGGAAUAUCUCAGAAGUACAUCUAAUGUUAUCCCUGGAUUGUGACAUAACAGAUAAUGACAGUAGACAGGAUUCUCCAGGAGAUAAUCCCAUUACCCCAAUUAUACAUCCAGCUCUAUCAACUAAUCCCCCUGAUCCUGGGAAAUGUUCUCCUGAUCACUCUGAUAUUGGUGCAUCUAUUACAGCUCUGAGAUUAGAUACAGAGUUUCCCUGUUCUACAGACGCCAAAUGUUUUACACAGAACACAAACCGUAUUACUCAUCAGCCAGCUAAGGCAGGUGAGAGGCCAUUUCCAUGUUCUGAGUGUGGGAAAUGUUUUACAUAUAAAUCAAAUCUUGUUACACAUCAGAGAAGUCACACAGGUGAGAAGCCGUAUUCCUGUUCUGAGUGUGGGAAAUGUUUUACACAGAAAUCAAAUCUUGUUACACAUCAGAGAAGUCACACAGGUGAGAAGCCGUAUUCCUGUUCUGAGUGUGGGAAAUGUUUUACACAGAAAUCAGAUCUUGUUACACAUCAGAGAAGUCACACUGGUGAGAAGCCAUUUCCAUGUUCUGAGUGUGGGAAUUUUUUUACAUAUAAAUCAAAUCUUGUUACACAUCAGACAAGUCACACAGGUGAGAAGCCGUAUUCCUGUUCUGAGUGUGGGAAAUGUUUUGUAGAGAAAUCAGGUCUUGUUAUACAUCAGAGAAGUCACACAGGUGAGAAGCCGUAUUCCUGUUCUGAGUGUGGGAAAUGUUUUGCAUCUAAAUCAAAUCUUGUUACACAUCAGAGAAGUCACACAGGUGAGAAGCCAUUUUCCUGUUCUGAGUGUGGGAAAUGUUUCACACAGAAAUCAGCCCUUGUUACACAUAAGAGAAGUCACACAGGUGAGAAGCCGUAUUCCUGUUCUGAGUGUGGGAAAUGUUUUGCAUCUACAUCAGAUCUUGUUAAACAUCAGAGAAGUCACACAGGUGAGAAGCCGUAUUCCUGUUCUGAGUGUGGGAAAUGUUUUGCAUCUAAAUCAAAUCUUGUUAAACAUCAGAUAAGUCACACAGGUGAGAAGCCAUUUUCAUGCUGUGAGAGAAAUAAAUCCGCUCUUGUUGAACAUAUUAGACAUUACCCAAGCACGGAACCAUUUAAAUCUUCUGGAGUAUAAUUAUCACUGUCAUGCAAUGUUCCGCAAGGGUCAAUCCUAUCUCCUAUGCGUCAUGCAAUAUACAGUCUGGUCCAUAUAUAUUGGGACAUCGACACAAUUCUCAUAUUUUGGGCUCUAUACACCACCACAAUGGAUUUGAAAUUAGACAAACAAGAUGUGCUUUAACUGCAGACUUUCCGCUUUAAUUUGAGGGUAUAUACAUCAAAAUCAGGUGAACUGUGUAGGAAUUAAAAUGGUUUUUAUAUGUGCCUCCCACUUUUUAAGGGACCAAAAGUAAUGGUACAAACUAAACAAUCCUAAAUCAAAUAUUGUAAAUCAGAUCAGUGCGAUCGUCCAGAUCAACAAAAAAUACUUUACUACUUAAUGUGGUCGCAGCCCGGAUCAGUGUUUCGUGAAUUGAGCUUUGACAUAUUUUCCAAGGGCGAUCUGAUUACCAUCUCCUAGAUGAAGAUCUGGAUACAAUAUCCAUACUGAUAUGCAAAUAUUUAUCUGGUACGCAUAUACAUUUUGUGAUAACUGAAUUUAAUCCCACAUACGGAAAUAUACUACGCUAUAUAGCAAUUCUUUGUGUCUCCUAGCAGCAUUUAGAUCCCAGUAGUAACCUGGACUAAAGAAUGGGGGAAUGAUACGCCAUGUGUCAAGCCGUAAUCCGUACGCUAUAAUCUUGUGUGUGACAAAACUAGUGAUGAGCGGAUUCGGUUUUACUCUGUUCUCAAAACGGCAUCUUAUUGGCUUACAGAUGUCAUGUGUUUUGUAUAGCCAAUAAGAUUCUGUUUUGAGAUCCGAGUAAAACCGAAUCCGCUCAUCACUAGACAAAACUGAUUGAAAAAUACUACACCAUAGUCGCUCUCUUGUUUCUUCCUUUGUUUCCAGAAUCUUAAAUCAAACUUUUACUUUUUAAUAUUUUGUUGCAAAUCCUUUUGUCAGUUACAGCCUGAAGUCUGGAACGCAUAGACAUCACCAGACGCUGGGUUUCAUCCCUGGUGAUGCUAUGCCAGGCCUCUACUGCAAAUGUCUUCAGAUCCUGCUUGUUCUUGGGGCAUUUUCUCUUCCGUUUUGUCUUCAUCAAGUAAAAUGCAUGCUCAAUCGGAUUCAGGUCAGGUGAUUGAUUUGGCCAUUGCAUAACAUUCCACUUAUUUGCCUUAAACGCUUUGGUUGCUUUCGCAGUAUGCAUCGGGUCAUUGUCGAUCUGCACUGUGAAGCGCCUUCCAGUGAGUUCCGAAGCAUUUGACUGAAUAUGAGCAGAUAAAAUUGCCCAAAACACUUCAGCAUUCAUCCUGCUGCUUUUAUCAGCAGUCACAUUAUCAAUAAAUACAAGGAAACCAGUUCCAUUGGCAUCCAUACAUGCCCACGCCAUGACACUACCACCACCAUGCUUCACUGAUGAGCUGGUAUGUUUUGGAUCAUGAGCAGUUCCUUUCCUUCUCCAUACUCUUUUCUUCCCAUCACUCUGGUACAAGUUGAUAUUUGUCUCAUCUGUCCAUAGGAUGUUGUUCCAGAACUGUAAAGGCUUUUUUAGAUGUUGUUUGCAAACUCUAAUCUGGUCUUCCUGUUUUAUUGCUCACCAAUGGUUUACAUCUUGUGGUGAACCCUCUAUAUUCACUCUUGUGAAGUCUUCUCUUGAUUGUUGACUUUGACACAUAUACACCUAUCUCCUGGAGAGUGUUCUUGAUCUGGGCAACUGUUGUGAUGGGGUUCAUGCUAUUUAGUACACUAGUAGUGUACUAAAUAGCACGAACAGCUUGUAACGUAGAGUGGCAAGUUUAAUCUUUCUAUGUAUAAUGGAGAGAAAUAAAAGCUUCUCCCUAAGUUCCUGGAUGCCAAAUCACUGUCCUUAGUAUCUCUGUACAGUUUUUUCUAUUAGAGUACUAAUUAGCAGGAACAGCUUAUAAUGUACAACACAGAUUCUCUAACGCCGACGAUCUACAGUACUGUGUUGCUCGAACAGUUAGUUGCGUCAGAAUACACUAAUUUAUAUCUACUGUUAUGUCUAUACGUGCUCAUUACCGCUGUGUAUUUUAGAUAGUGAAUGAGUCACUCCUGCAGAUUUACCCCGAUUUGUGUGAAACCUGUGUGCACCCUUCUGUUGAAUGUUUUACAAUGGAUUACACAGAAAAAAUAAUAAAGUGAAUGUCACUGGAACACAAAAAAAAUUGACACUUUGGGAAUCGAACCCGGUACUCAGCGUGGCAGACCGGAGCCUUCAUCGCUAGCCCACAGCACUGCAUGGAAGAUUCUCAAGUUCAUGUGUAAAAGUACUGCAAAGAGCGAUUCCUCCCCAUUGGUGUUUGUUUAUGCCGUUAGGGGACUCGGACACUCAUUUUGUGCACUGUACAUACUGUAAAGUCAAUGAGCUACAUUAGUUGUGUCUGCAUACACAAGUGUUUUAACACGUUCAUUUGCGUCUGUAUAAACUAUACAUACAGGGAUUUGGCAUCCAGAAACUUAGGGAGGAGCUUCUAUCUCUCCCCAUUAUACUUAAUACUACGGGAUUUGGACACUCGCAUAUCCCUAACAUCAAUAGACCAUACUGUAUCUGUAACACGUUCAUUUGCAUCUGUAUAUGCUGUACUAUUUGCACCUGUACUGUAUAUACUGUUAUAGACUUUAUGACAUACUGUAGCAUAAUGUAGCGUAAUGAGACGCACCAGUAAAGUAGUUCUUACGCUGUAGUUCAGUAUUGUAUUUUAAUGGAGACCACACGCUUGCGCAUUGGUGAUUUAAAAAAGCGACAUCCGGUGGAUGAUCUUAGGUAUUACACUCAAAGGUAACGCCAAACGCUCUGUGUGCCUUCCUACGACUAGGCGUGCCUCCUUGCGCCCAGGUACGCUGCGUAUGCCUGAUCGCGACUAACGCCUCAGCCAGCCAAGAUAACGGAGGACCCGUCUGUAUAUUUAGUUCCUAAAUAAUACAUCCCAAAUGCUUAGGUCUUCUUUCUGCUGUUUAUUUUGUAUCUUGUGCUUUGUGUAAAUGUGAAUGUCUAAUACCAGUUUCCACAAUCUGUAUUGCUGCACGACAAUAUGGCGGCCAUUGGAACGUGUUUUCACUUCUAGUUUACCUAACUUGUUGCAGACACUCAUCUUGAUAAGGAGUGUCAGAGUGUUUUCAGAUACAAGAUCCUAUCCAUAUAUACCCUGUACAUUACCAUGUGCAUUAGAGUCACCCAGGUUCCAUCUGCGUUGGUUUGUUGUAUGUUACAUCUAUAUGGUGCGGAUACUCCCCUGUAUGAUUUCAUAAUAAAAGCUUUUGUCUGCAUCUAA